UAAAAUUUCUUCCUUUUGAUAAGAUUUUAAUAUAAAUAAGAGAAAAUUGGACUUUUCUGUUUUGUAGUUGUUUUUAAGUUGACGAUUUAGUUUUUCCGAUAUUAAAAAUGAAAUCAUUUAUUACAAUUUCACUUUUCGCUCUUGCUGUCCUCGUUAAUCAGUCAAAUGGCUUAUGUAACACUUGUUCCGUAGGUACACCUAUAGCUUGUGUUUCCGAAACUGCAUAUAAAUUUUGUGUAGAUGGAGUAUUUGCAUCGCCGUCAAUUAAUUGCUCUUCUGGAUCCAUUUGCUCAUCGUCAUUAAAUAAUGGACCUUGUGCUCUAGCAGGAUCGGUUCCACCAUCUUGUCAAAAGUGUAAUUUAUGUAACGAUGAAAAAGUCUUCGCCUGCACUGAUUAUAAUGAAUUCGCAUUAUGUCUGGGAACUGAUAGAGUUCAAAGUAAAAAAUUUACCUGUCCAGCAGGAUCAGUCUGCAAUCUUGGUUCAAAAAAUAUUUGUGUUGAUCCUGAAAUUACCGGAUUGGGUGGUACAUGUCCAUGGAAAGAUAUUUCCGCUUCCCCAGAAACUCCGAUACCUUCACCUCCAACUCCAACUCCGAACGCAUUAUCUGAACCUGAUGCAUUCUGUCAACAAAAAGGAAAAGUUGGACGCUUUGAAAUAUCUGCUGAUCCAACUUGCAAGAAAUUUAUCAGUUGCAAUUCUUCUAAUGAUGUUCUGUUUGGAAGCCUAUACGUUUGUCCAAGGCAAACCUUUUUCGAUGAAGCAGCAGGAAUGUGUGGAAUAAAUCCACCUUCACGUUGUGCUCCUACAACUUCGACUUCAACUUCAACCUCUACCCCAAUCUCAACCACAACUUCAAGCUCAACCUCAGUCCCAACCCUUCCCAACCCAACGAAUAAAUAUCCGGGAAUAAUGAAGUUCCUAAUUGUGUAUUUUUUUUUGGCUUCUAUUUUGUGUUAUCAAUCGAAUGGUUUGUGUAACACUUGCUCCUCUGAUAUACCUAUCGCUUGUGUUUCCAAAACUGAAUAUAAAUUUUGUAUAGACGGAGUAUUUGUAUGGGAUUCAUAUAGAUGCCCUUCUGGAACCAUUUGCUCAUCAUCAGGCACUGGAGUUUGUGUUCCAGAAGGUUCUGAGCAACCUCCUUGUGCAAAGUGUAAUGUCUGUAAUGAUACAAAACUUUUUGCCUGUACUAAUUAUAAUGAAUUUGCGCUUUGUCUGGGAACCGAUGUUCCUGUAAGUCCAUCAUAUACUUGUCGCGAAGGAUUAGUCUGUAAUAUUCAUUCGCGAGAUAUUUGUGUUGAUCCUGAAAUUACUGGGUUGGGUGGUACAUGUCCAUGGAAAAAUAUUACCAGUUCCACUAUUCCAUCGGAAACUACAAUUUCUACUACAACUUCGACCCCAUUAGAUAAUCCUAACUUAUUCUGCCAACAAAAAGGAGAAGUUGGACGCUUUGAAAUACCUUCUGAUCCAACUUGUAAGAAAUUUAUAAGUUGCAAUUUUUCUAAUAAUUUUAUAUUUGGAAGCUUAUACGUUUGUCCAAGGAAUACCUAUUUCAAUGAAAAUUCCAAAGUGUGUGCAGUAGAACCACCUGCACGUUGUGCCCCGCUCUCAACUUCAACUUCAAACUCAACCUCAACCUCAGCCUCAACCCCAUCCACACUUCCAUAAUCAUCUCCUAAUAAAUGAAUAUUAUUAUCAAAUCAGAAAAAUUUAUUCAAAAAUAUUGUUUUUUAAAAAUAGAUGAUGAAUUUAUUCACACUCAAUUAAAUUUAAAGUCACCAUUUAAAAUGGGAAAUUUUAAAACUUGUACGCGAUUGAGGAGAUUUUUCAUUUUUGAAUUGCCGAUUUGGAAAGUGAACAAAUUGGGCCCUGGUCAGAAAUGUAUUAAUUAAAUAAAUUAUGUAUAUUAA